GGCGUGUGUGCUCUCCCAGCGAGCAGACGCCAGCCAUGGCCAGCCUGGGGCUCCUGCUCCUGCUCUUGCUGCUGGCACCACGGCCCCUGUGGCCCUCCUCGCUGCCCCCGCCGGACACCCCAGAGGGCAAGGCCACCAUCGCGGGCUUCAUCCUCUCUGCGCUGGAGAGAGCCACCUCUUUCCUGCAGGAGAGGCUGCCUGAAGUCAACCUGGACGGCGUGGUGGGGUUCCGGGUGCUGGAAGGGCAGCUACAAGGCGUCCAAGAGAAGUGGGCCCGGGACCCCCUCCUGCAGCCACUGAACCUGCGUGUGAGGAAGCUGGCAGCCAGGCUGGCGCCUCUCCUCCACAGAUCCAUUUUCUACCUCAGGCUGAGUGACCCCGAGUACCUGCGAGAGUUCCAGCCAACCAUCCAGCCCGGGUUUUGGAAGCUCCCACAGGCCUGGACCCACACCAACGCCUCCAUGGUCUACCCCACCUUCCAGCCCGAGGACUCCUUCUCAGAGGAAUACAGUGACUUGUGCCUGGUGCAGCUGCUGGGAACCGGGGCGGACGACAGGCAGCCCUGCAGACUCUCAGACUUCUGCAGGACCCUCAUGACCAGACCCGGCUGCUCAGGCUACUGCCUGUCGCACCAGCUGCUCUUCUUCCUCUUGGCCAGAAUGAAGGGAUGCAUGGAGGGGCUGUUCCACCAGACCCAGCUCUACAUGAACCUCUUCUGUGCCAACAUGAUGGACCUGAACCAGAGAGCUGAGGCCAUCGGAUAUGCCUACUCAACCCGGGACAUCUUCAUGGAAAACAUCAUGCUCUGUGGAAUCGCUGGCUUUUCUGACUUCUACAAGCUCCGGUGGCUGGAGGUCAUUCUUGCCUGGCAGAAGCUGCGAGAAGGAUGCUUCGGGACGCCUGAUGCUGAAGAUGAAGAAUUAUUGAGAGCAGUUGAACACCAACAGCAUUUUUUGACAAGAGUGAAGAGGCGAGAAAAACAAUUUACAGAUGGCUGCUCCUCCCACAACACAGCCAUGGCCGUGGCGGCCCUGGGCGGCUUCCUCUAUGCCCUGGCAGAAUACCCCCCGGGAAACGGGCAGUUGGGGCAGUCCAUGCUGGCACCACCCAACGGCCACUGACACGCAUGGUUCCACGCCUGCCACCCGCCAGGAAGACGAAACAUGUGCCUUCAGUCCCUCCUUCCUUAAGUCCUGGGCCACAUCCUGAGAAGGAGGCCGCUGAAGAAACAGACGAGUAGAGCAACCAGCUUCCUCCCCUGGGGAGCGGGGCUGGGAUGCAGCCAGCGUGGGAGCAGGUGAAUAAAUCUAGAGUGAAGCUGA